AUGGUCUCUUCUGUACUAGUUACGAUAAUGACCUUUUCAUUCAUCAGUGCACAGGAGCACAUUUACUAUCCAAUAUGCGAUUUGCUAACUCAAGAAGAUAUUAAUGGAGACCCGCAGAUCUAUGGCGGAGUGCCAAACGUGCUUUUUAUUUAUAACGACACCGACGCAGAAUCACUUGACAUAGGAUGCGUGUUGAGAGCUGCUGUGCCUAGCGUUGCCGUCGUUGAAAUUGCGCAAAAACCUUGCAUGCAAUUGCUUACUAUUGAUGCUUUGCCGGAAGAAAUCCAUAUACUAGUGACCCGCGGCAGGUUCACAAUGCAGUUCUGUGAUGCACAAGUGUACGGCGCGAUCCCAAGCGUGAUAGAGGUGCGCAUCACCACAUCAACAAAUCGGGGCAACGCAAAAUUUCUAACUUUCAAUAUGAUAGCGAACGGAGGAUUUCUGAAAUUUGAUUUGGAAAUGGACGAAGUGAAUAUCGCAAGAAACAUGUUGAUUGCGUUUCGAAUCCUAAUAUCAAUCGCCUUGUCAGGAAGGCCGUACCAAAAUGGGUUUUCCGACUUCCAUCGAGUCAGUCACUUGGUUGCAAAACCAGCACUAGGCCAUCAGAAGGAUGUGUUUCUGAGAAAGCUGGAGGUAGCUCUUCCGUUUUCUACGAUCUCCAUGAUCACGUAUAUACCUGUGUUCAUCUUCGCUUCAGUAAUAUCAUUCCUGUUGGUAAUCCCAUGUAGUCGCCAAGCUAUUCGAAUUGACAACCUCAAAGUAGAUGAGGACGAGAUGAGACCCGAACAAUUGCCCAGUCUUUAUGGUCAGCUUGAAAAAGAUGCAUUAGAGAAAGUAAUUCGGGACAUUCCGAAGAUGGAGCCCGUUAAAAAGGUCUCUGCUAAUGCCUAUGGACCUGUUCCCGGAUCCGGAUCCGGAUCUACGACAAGCGCAUCAACAGCGUGUACUCCAGAUCAUCCACCUAUAAUGAUUGCCGAAAUUAAACCAACAAAGGAGCAAGAGUUUGCUGAUAUUCAAAAAACUAUGGAUGAGAACUCAAUUAAAGCUAUGGAAGAGACGCAGCGUUCGAGCCCGAAAUCACAACACGAGAAACUUCAGAUAAAUGCUCUUGAAAAUAAACAACUUCGUUGA